GGUGGCCUUGGGCUGUGUAGCGGGUGCGAGGACGCGGUCUCGGAGGGAACCUGGCGUUAGUGAUGUGGACGUAGGUGGCAUUUAGCAUGGGCUGGACCAUAGCGACGCCUGGUGGGCCGUCACUGUCAGAGGAAGUCCAGGAUCUCCGGAGUCGGGGUUUGAGGUCCGAAUACUGAAUACUGGGGACUGACCCAAACCCUGCCCACAGGUGCUGCCUUUCCAGACGCAAGAAGAGUCAAGGAAAAGAAUCCAGGGGAAAGGAGAAGUUUCUAUUCUUGAAUAUUGUUUCUGAGGACAAAUUUAACUGGACACCAAGAUUCUUAUGACAAUGUAGAAGAUAUUAAAAAAAAAAAAAACUAGACUCUAUGCUAAGGACUAUUUCUCGUAUAGAGAAGAAAAUGACUGAUCUUCAGGAGUCACUGACGCUGGAGGAUGUGGCUGUGGUGUUCACCGGGGAGGAGUGGCAGCUCCUGAGCCCUGCUCAGAGGGACCUGUACCGGGAUGUGAUGCUGGAGAACUAUAAAAAUCUCAUAUCACUGGGGUAUGGAGACACUAAACUAGAUGCAUUCUCCAAGUUAGACCAUGAAAAGGGACCAUGGAUAAUAGGAGAUAAAAUCCAGACUAAAACCUGUCCGGGACUAAAGAAAGAUGAGAGUAAUAUGCAAGUGUACUGUCAAAAACAAAGAUUUCUGAAGAGUAUGCACAAUUGCAUCGAACAGAAUGAAUUUAGAGACAUUCAUCUGAGCAAAACACAAAACUGCAUGUUUGGAUUGGAAAGAAAAAUUUCAAAAUCAAACUUAAUUAGUCAAAAUAGAAGACAUGAAGUAAACAUCACUGUCGAAUUUAAUAGAGAUGAGAAAACCCACUUGCAUGGCAAAAACAAAUGUGUGUGUACUGAAGUUAAACUCCCUGAAAGUAAAUUCCAAGGCUUAAAACACAAGAAGACUCCAAAACUUGAGAAGCCCCAUGCACACACUGAAAGUGAGAAAACGUUCAUUAACCAUGAGAACUUUCAUACAGGAGAGAUGCCUGCGUGUGUUCAAUAUGAGAAAUCACCCAGAAGUGUCAUGUUCCCUAAGAAUCAGAAAACUCAUACAAGAGACAAAGCACCUAUAGUCAGUGAGCUUAGAAAAGGCCCUACUGUUUCAAGGCAUCUCACUGUAAAACAACAAGGCCACAAGGGAGAGAAAUCCCACGUAUGCAGCCAGUGUGGAAAGGGCUUUACAAUGAAGCGCUACUUAGCUGUUCAUCAGCGUACUCAUAGCGGAGAGAAACCGUAUGUGUGCAGUGAAUGUGGGAAAGGCUUCACUGUCAAGAGCAAUCUUGUUGUGCACGAGAGGGCUCAUACAGGGGAGAAACCUUACAUAUGCAGUGAAUGUGGAAAAGGCUUCACCAUGAAGCGCUAUCUUGUUGUGCAUCAGCGAACUCACACUGGAGAGAAGCCCUAUGUUUGCAGUGAGUGUAUAAAAAGCUUUACUGUAAAGAGUAAUCUCAUUGUACAUCAGCGAUCUCAUACAGGGGAAAAGUCCUACAUUUGUAGUGAAUGUGGAAAAGGUUUCACCGUGAAACGUACUCUCAUUAUACAUCAGCGAACUCAUACAGGAGAGAAGUUGUAUCUGUGCAAUGAAUGUGGGAAAGCCUUCUCCUCAAAGCGCACUCUUGUUAUACAUCAGCGAACUCACACAGGGGAGAAGCCCUAUGAGUGCAGUGAAUGUGGCAAAGCCUUCAGCCAGAAGAUAUGCCUCGUACAACAUGAGAGAGGCCAUACAGGAAAGACUCCCUUUGUAUGUACUGAGUGUGGAAAAUCCUACUCACAUAAAUAUGGCCUCGUCAUCCAUCAGAGAACUCACACAGGUGAGAAGCCUUAUCAGUGCAAUGAAUGUGGGAAAGCUUUCACCACAAAGUCUGUGCUCAAUGUACAUAACAGAACUCAUACAGGAGAGAGACCAUACAAGUGCGGAGAUUGUGGGAAAGCCUUUUCCCACCUGUCAAACCUUGUUAAACAUAAGAAAAUGCACAUAAGAGAAGUACGUAGAGUAUUUUAGGUUGAAAAUCCCUUUAAGAGAGAGGCCCAGCUUAGAACUCAGAAGUGAACUCACACAGAACACAAAACCUUAUUCAGGCAGGCUGGAAAUGUCUUCUGUGGCAGCCCCAACUUCAUUAAACAUCUGUGUGAUUGUAGCAGACAAGUGUAAUUGUGGUACUGCCUGUUGUCACUUAGGAUCACAAAAAAUUUUCUCAGGAGAUAAACCUGGUGGCAGUCAGUAUGGUAGUGCCUUUGGUAAUCUGUUACUUCUCAUUUUGACCAGUGAAAACAUGCUGGAUAACCUUAAAAUGUUCUAAAUUGUAUCUGAAAAAGUGUACAGUAAGACAAGUCCUGUGAGUGCAGACUAAGAAAUCCCUCUGGAGGAGGAUAAUUUCACUGCAGUUUAUCAAACUACUUGUAAGCACAUUGUUGACAGAAGUAUGACCAUGGCAAAAUG